UCAUUCGACAUGGACUGCUCAUCAGAAGAAACCCAUAGAUCAGAUAGUCCUUAUUGGGUGUAUAGGGGCCCUAGUACCCCGUCGCCAUCGUCUUCCCCCGCCAUGGACGACUCUGUGUCGAGCAAUGAGGACAUUGAAAACCAGAUGCCUGAUGGUAUGUCCAACGCUAGUACGCCAGUGUCUAACUAUGUCGAUAGUUGUGGAGAUGCGGUACUGCUUAAUGCUCCACUCAAAAGAACGAGGCCUGUUUUAGGCUUGAGGGACCGGAGUGCCGGGGAUUCAUUCACCCACGUUGGCGAAUACGGCUUGGAGUAUGUAAUAUCAUGGGUCGAUGGCUGUGUUAUUUUGAAAGCUAAAGAUUGUGCUACAGAGUGGCGGAUGAACGUUCACGAGUGGAAUUUUUUCUUUGAGAAUUUAUGCCCCAUGCUAGACGGUGACGAGGGUACAUGGCAUGGGGGACCCCAUGUAUACAAUUGGACCUUUCAGUAUGAACCGAGGAUUCAACAUCGUUUGGAAUGCGCCUUUCAGCAUGAAUCGAGGAUUCAUUGCAUGGGGGCAAACUAUCAUACGAAGAACCCACAGGAUUUCAUUUUUUUCAGAUGCGGCGUUGAUACACACGCGCUACCACCGUGCGGUGAUAUGCAUUGCAUCGGUUGCUCUCCUCUACGCACCAGUGUUUUAGAAGCUGCUGUUUAUUUUGAUAAUGUCUUUUUCAUGCAGUGGGCUGAUCUGUCUGCACUACGUGGAAUUUUUGCAGAGAUUGAUUCUAUGGCUAAGACGGAUGAAGAACCAUGGAACACAACUGCUGAUGAAUGCCGAAUGUGCCUGUUUGAGUCGUCUGGGUUUGAUGAGGGGGCACAUGCACAGGUCAAUGAUGAACAUGUGGAAGGUGGGGGUGUGGCUAUGGAGACUGCUGAUUUAAAGGCUGUACAACCCGGACCCCACUGGCUUCACGAGUAUGCCGUCUAUCUGACCGGAUUGAAUCUGACCUUCCUACACACCGGCGAGGACAGUGAGCUGGAGGUGGACACAGCUAUGAGAGAUGACGGAUGGCCUGUAUCAACACAGAUCCGUUUAAACCCUCCAUCGCUGGCUGUUCUGCGAUUUACCACGGGGCUCUGUGUGGUAGCCAUCAUCAGCCAUCAGAAGCAAGCGGUCUGCUGGGGAUGCCAGUGUGAUUGUCCAAGUCAACGACGCCAUUCAUGCCUGCAGGGAGCGUCACGUCAUCACUACGAAUCCCACUACCAGGACAUUUGUGUUAUCCUGGACAGACACCCCUUCCUGUUACUUUUAGAAACUGUUUUAAAGAAGACUACAGGGUUGACUGUGUCCCCCGGAAAAAUCUAUGGCGUGGUCGAAUCUUUUCUAUGUGAUUUAAUAGGCAAUACCUAUGAUACCGAAAAACUGGAUUCACUGGCUGCCGUAGAAGUGUCCGAUGAACAUCUGCUUCUGAUACAUGAAGCCAUACAAAUGUGGCGUCCUACAUUGUCAUUUGGCAAACCAAAGCCUGGUGGUGGUGGGUGGCGUUUAUAA